AUGAGUGACGUGUGGCUCACAAAGCCCGCCCAGGACCAGUCCUCAGGGAGUGGGCACACAGUGGCCACGUCACUCCAUCCCUAUAUCACAGACCCCAUCACCUCCAAGCGCAUCUGCUUCUACAAGAGCGGUGACCCUCAGUUCAGUGGCCUGCGCAUGGUCAUCAACAACCGCACCUUCAAGACCUUCGAUGCCCUCCUAGACAGCCUCUCCAAGAAGGUCCCGCUGCCUUUCGGAGUAAGGAACAUCACCACCCCCCGAGGGGUCCAUGCAGUGCACACACUAGAUGAACUGGAGGAUGGGAAGGCCUACAUCUGCUCUGACCAACAGAAGGUCAAAUGCAUCAACAUGGCAGUAGCCAGUAAGAAGCGGCCACCCUGGUACAAUGCCCGCCCCAUGAGCGCCCGGCAUCGGGCCUUGCAGCUGGCCAAACAGAACCCUGGCAGGCCCAUGCGCAAAAAGACCCCUGUCAUUGUACGCACACCUAAGAGGUUGAUGAUAUUCCGGAAUGGGGACCCUAGUGUCAAACAUAAUCUGAUGCUACAGAAGAGAACUACUCCCACAUUUGAGGCUCUGCUGGAUUAUGUGUCCGAGUUGAUGCACUUUCCUGUGGUCAAACUACACACACCAGAUGGAAGAAGGGUAAGUGCUCUUCCCAUGCCUAUGGACUCUAAAGUUACUGCUAUUAGCAAUUCAGAUUUGCUUGUUAUUGUUUAGAAACACAUAUUUCAUAUGUUUCAUCUCAAGCUCCAGUUAGACAGGAAACCAGUGCUGAUACUGUAACCAAACACAUGGGCUUCUCCUUUAGAGGUUCAGGUACUCAACUCUUACCUCACACAACAUGCAUUGGCAUUAUUCUGUGAUGGCCUCACUUCAUGACUGGAGGUGACCCGGCCCCAACUGAUUGGCAGCAUGUUGUCUGACUGACCCAUAAUAGUUGGACUCACAGCAGGACCCCAGGCAGCAGUAGGUCUAACCCAUAAAUUAAGCUCCUCAAUUGAUAUACCCUAUUAACUGAGAAGGCAUUCUGGGAUACUGUUGCUAGGGACCUCAAUUUAUGAUAUCAAUUCCAUUUUACUUCUGAUUUUAGGUACACACAGUAUUUCGGUACAUAUUUUGGAUACAUACAGUAUUAGCCUUAAGUCAUGAUUCUAAAAGUAAUCAUUAAUAGAUGCCGUUCACAUCAAAAUCUAAUUCCACUAUUACAGUUAAAUAUUUCAUUUGUCUGUCUGCAGGUGGAUGGGCUUCCAGCUCUGAUUUUAUGCUCUGGGAUUGUAGUAGCUGCCGGUCGGGAGGCCUUUAAAUCUGGAAACUACAAGUCACAGAAAUCUUCUGCUCCAACAUGGCUGCCUGCUAGACGAAUGGCAUCGAAAAGACUAAAGCAACCAGCAUCCCGUAAGUCUCAUUAUGGUCACUCAACAUUUUGUAUGUAUUUUGAAGCAUGUUUUUGUUUUGAUGUUUAAAAAAAUAAUUUGGACAGCACCUGCCUAUUAACUGGCAUGUUUUGCAUUACUUUGAGAAUAUUGAAAAUGCAUUGUUAAACAUUCAUGUAUGUCACAUCUACAUUUCUACUGUCUGUACAGUAGUAAUAUAUCCCCUCCAUGUCUACAUACCUGUACGGGAUAAGCAGUGGGAAAGUGCUGAGACAUUACGAUCAUCCAUAAUACCAUAGUUGACCUACAUAGGCCUACUCUCUUCAGAUGUGGCCAGUCAUUAUGCAGUAUGAACUGUGUGGACCGUGGAUCUGGUUUUCUUAACUAUUGUUUUUGUUCUCUUUUUCUUUGCUGACCUGCUGAAACAUCCUUGCUUCCAAAAAACAUCCAUCCAUCCUCCACCUCCCCUCAUACACUACACUAAAUCUUCUCCAAAGGGAAAAAGAAACCUGUAUCCAGCGGCAAAUCACAGCUUUUCUCCCCAUCGUCAGAGAGAUACUUAGUGAAUCAGAUAAACCACUGCAUUGCAGGAAGUCAGUGUGACUUCCCCAGUAACAACGCAGAAUCUGUGGAGCUGGAGGCUGGCCAUUUUCUGGAGUCAGUGGCCGAAACGGACGCCGACACCUACCAUGGAGAUAAGGGUGAAGGGGCAGACAACUGCAUGCCCGGUGACGAUGACAUUGAGAAGUCCUUUCGGGUGAACCAGGAUGGCAGCAUGACAGUGGAGAUGAAGGUGCGACUGACCAUCAGGGAGGAGGAGACCAUCCACUGGACCACCACCCUGAGCAGGUCCAGUGUGGCCAACCAGCUCAGUGUGGCUGAGUCUGAGCUGGGGAACAGUUCUCCUGAGUCCAACCUCCUGCCACCAACACAACCCAACACCAUGGGCACCAUCAAUGGGUACAAUGCUAAAAGGGAUGAUCAUGAUGAUAAGGAUGAUAUGUCUCCAGAGGCCAGCGGACUUACCAGUGUGGAAGUGGACAAUGAGGAUGAUGCUAAAACACAGGUGGAUGUGGUCUCUCCCAGGAGGGCUCCUACCCCAGGACCCAGGAGAUACAGACAGAAGCAGGUCUCAGUGGAGAGCAUCAAAACAAUGUUGGGAAACGAGAUUCAGGAGAACAUGGUCGAUUCUAACUCCUACAGAGAGACAACUGAGAACGGAGAGGUAAAGGAGGAAUACUGCAUGGUCAGACAGUGCAGCAGCAAGCCAGUUCCUAAACCAAGGGGAGUUGUCUCUGUGGAUAUCAACAAUUACAAUAAGACUCAAUCCACUUUUAAAUCAGGCGUGGCUGAGAUAUUGCAGAUCCAAAAUGGCGGGGAGGAAGUCAUAGAAAGUGUAAUGCACAUAUACGAGAAGCAGACCUGUCAGGACAAUUUCCUGGCUAACAGCCAGUACAGUGUCCAGGGUGUGUCCAUGUAUGGGAUGAUGUACGGAAGACCAGCCACGUCUGACACAGCCCGCUUCUCCUCUAGUAAUGACUUGGGGCUGGAGCUGGGUAGACCAUCUAAAGCCUCAAAGUCAAUCAGUGGGUGCAGGGCUGACCAGUCUCUUGCAUCUGACUUCACUAUCCCCAAAUUUAAGGCUGGAGGAUCUCUCCAAAACAAUCGGGUCCUAAAUGUCCAUAAAACCCCUCUCUCCAAGCCCACCAAAGACAAUGACACCCCAGAGUGGGUCUCUGAAGCAAGCAAAGAAAACUCCACCACUGGUGUAAAGAAAGUCAAGAAAAUGUUCUCAAAGCCCAAAGUGAAAAAGAACCAGGUUCGUAAGAGUACAACACCAGACAAAAGACGUAAAGAGAGUAAUGCAAAUGCUCCUGAAAACAAUAAAAGACUGAACACUGCGGGGUUUAGAAGCAAUGUAUCCAUAAGGAAAAUGUAUGGACCAAAACCUGCCAGAAGUCUCAUCAAAAACAAAAAGAAACUAAAAGGAAAGGAAAUCAAAUUAAAUAUUGAAAACCCAAAGGAAUCAUCAGUGAAAGAACUAAAUGUCAGUGAAAAUAGAAACAAGACUUCAGUUUCAGUAAAGAAGAACGUAUUGCAUGUUUCAUUUCCUACGGAGGCCAAGGUGGAGGGAACACUAAAAAGGCAGAGGUCCAUGCACAAGGAGAGAAAGAUUGAGAAAGAGAGUCAUGAUCUGAGGCCUGCACUCCUUUCCUCCUCUUCUAAUAUCACUGAAUAUGUUGAGAAUUGGUUAGAAAAAGCCCUCCCAACUGUGUUCCCAGACCCAGUGGAGGAAACUCAAAAUGUGGAGACAUCAACAAUGUCUCCGGUAGAAACUGAGGGAGACGUUGUUCCAGAUGUGUCAGAAUUUAAUUGUGAAAUGGAUACUGAAGAAGAUGAGUCUUCUUUUUUUAAGGAAAAAACACAAAUACCAAGUAGUCCAUCUUUGGAAACGACUGCAUUUCCAAAUAGAACAUUUGAAAAUAUAGCAACACAGAUCAACCUGGCUUUGGAAAACACAACAUUACCAUGUCCUUCUGACCCAUCUUUGCAAAAGACUCCAUUACACAGUGAUACUACACAGGAAAGGUUGCCCAUUAAUCCCUCAGUGGAAAAGACACAUUUCUCCAAUGAUCUCUCUGUCUCUCCUACUACAAUAAUCUCAGUAGAAAAGCCAUCACCAUCUGACAGUCAUUCAUUGGAAGAAAAAUCAACACCUAAAGAUAUCUCAGAGGAGAAUCCACCAAUCACAAAUGGUCUGUCAUUGGAAAAUAAAUCUGUUCCAAAUAGCUCCUCAAUAGAGAAGACCCCAGUCUCAAACAGUCUCUCGCCUGAGAAGACACCACUGCCUGCUAAAACACAGACGGAGAAGACACCAUUAUCCAACAAAGUCUUAGAUGUGUCUUCCGUAGCUUGCAGUCCUUCAUAUUUAAUGUGUUCAUGUCUAGGUGAUGAAGAACAACCCUUAUCAAGCAGCCCUUCAUCAGAUGAGGCUCCAUUACCUACUGGCCAUGUAUCUGAAAAGACAACAUUGUUCAACCACUCCACUCUGAAAGAAACACCAUCACCUAAACUCUCAACAAAAAAGACACGAUUGGUCAGUAAUCUCUCCCUGGAAAAGCAACUAUCACUCAGAAAAGCUUCAGCUGAGAAGUCUUCAAUAUCCAGUGAUCCUACUGUGGAAAAGGUGUUGGUGGACAAGGCACCAAUCUCCAAUGGUCUCUCAUCUGAGAAGACAUUACUGCCUGCUAAAACCCUGAUAUCCAACGUCUUAGAUGAGGCUCCAUUAGCUAGUAGUCCCUCAUGUUUCAUGUCGACAUCACCUACUAGUCCCACAUCAGAUGAAAGACCUGUAUCAAUCUGCCCCUCAUCAGAGGAGGCUCUAUCACCCACUGGCCAUGUGUUGGAAAAAACAACAUUGUUCAACCCCUCCACUCUGAAAGGACCAUCAACACCUAAACUCCCAAUGAAGAAGACACGAUUGAUCAGUAAUCUCUCCCUAGAAAAGCAGCUAUCACUCAGAAAAGCGUCAGUGGAGAAGUCUUCAAUACCCAGUAAUACUACUUUGGAGAAGGCCCAGCUAUCAAAUCCUGUUCAAAUCACAGUCGAAAAAACACCACUACCUAACAGUCACUCAUUGGAAGAGACAUCACUACCAAAUAAGUCAUUACCCAGUGAUUCCACUUCAGAAAAUACCCAAUUAUCUAGGAGGACACCACUACCAAUAAAUGUAUCUUUGAAAACAUCAUUACACAACGUCUCACCUGAAAUAACAACAUUACCCACAACUCUUGUGACGAGAAAUACAUCAGCUCCCAGUAAUCUCUCUUCAGAAAAGAUACCUGUACCUAGUAAUCGCACAUUGACAAAUAGACUGUUACCGUAUUCUCAGUCAUUGGAAAUAGUGUCACCACCAAUGAGUCACAAGGCUAAAAAGAAGCCAGUAUCUAGAAACCAAUCCCUGGAAAGCAAACCACCACCAGUAAGUCCCACUUUGAAAACACCAAUAUCGCCAAAAUCAACACCAGUACACCUCAAUUCCUCUAUGAAGAAGAAGCCAAUACCUCCCAGUCCCGCUUUAGUGAAUCAUGAAGAGACGAAUGGUGAUGAUAAGCUGAGCAAUUCAGAUCAGGGAAACAGUACGAAAGUAACAGCAGAGGAGCCCCUAACAAAAACACAGAUACCGUCACACACAGACAAACUGCCUCCCCAGCCAGACAUGAAACCUGUGCUAGAGAAGCUCUGUUUCUCAAUUCGGUCAAUUAGACAAAUCACACACAACAAUCAUCCAUCUUGUCUUGAAAAGUCAAACAGCUUGCCUGAUUUCUCCUCCCAUGUGGCCUCUACAUUUGGGUCAUCUACUAAAGCUCUCCUUUCUUUCUUAUCUGUUAUAACCUUAAAGGAAAGCUUCACUAACUGGAACAUACCUGAACUGAAUGCAAACAGUGUAAGCUGUGCUGAGGCUUUGAAAAUGAUGGAGUCUCUGAGAGAAAUUGCCAACAUAGAGGAUGCAGAGGAGUUGAAAGCUAGUCUGUCAGAAUUGCAGAAGUCAACUUCCACACAACUGCUGCAAAGUUGGAAGGGUUUCCAGGAACUCAACGACAAAGACAGAAGUCGCAGCUCAACACCGAACAGUUCAGAGCACAAUGUCUUGUUUGAGACAUGCCCAGAGGAGGACUACAACAUUGAAGAAAAGGCAUUGGAUAUCGAUGAGCUAAUACAUGAGUUUGACUUGCCUGAAAAGCUCAAAGAAGCAUUGGCAGCCCUUCCAACCAGCGUAAGUGAAAGCAUGGAGGGGGAUGAAAUAGAAAUGUCUAAAGAAGUGAAUGAAAAAGUGGAGUCCUCCCCAGAGUCAACUGCAGUCCCUAAGGAAGAGGCUUCCAAUUAUAAUGUUCUUAAUAAUGAUGCUAAUGUUGAUGUUAAAUCCAUCAUUAAAAGCUUUAUAACUAUUUACCAUCCCAAAGAGGUGACUGAAAUUAAAAUGUCACCAAUCCCAGAGAGCCAAAGCAGUAGGCAAGAGCAGCCCUUCUCCUCAGAAGAACAAAACUUUAAAGAGGAUUUUACUUGUCACAGAAACAGACAGGUAGCGAAUAAGGAAGGUUCUGAACUUGAACAGGACAACUGGGAAGAAGAGGCUAAAUGUUGCGACAAACAGAUUGACCAUGAUGAAGAACAGACAUCCUCAGAGAUAGAGCAGGCUUACAGUUUAGCAUUGCAUGAUGGCUAUUCGGAACCACAAGCGUCUCCCGUGGAGACCAAAGAGAAGGAUGGGGACAUACAGUCAAGCUAUGUGGGGGAGGAAGAAAGCUUUGAGGAAGAGCAGGAAUACGAUAUUGUGAAUGCACUUGUGGAGCAGGAGAACAAAUGUAUGGAGCUGCAGCUUAGCAAUGAGGACAGAGAGUCCACUGCUGAACAAACCCAGGUUAGCUCAAACCACCAUGAGGAGUCAGAAGUUACACUUGUUGAGUUGAAGGUUAGCAGUGAGGAGGAGGAAAGCUUGGAGGAAGGGCAGGAAUACUACAUUGAGAACCCACAUGUGGAGCAGGAGAUCAAAUGCAUGGAGCUGCAGGUUAGCUGUAAGGAAAGCUUAGAAGAAGACCAGGCUAGCUCGGAGGAAGAACAGAAAUAUCAUGUUGAGGACCAACUAAGCCAUGUGGAGUCAGAAAAUACAUGUAUGGAGGAGGGAUGCUUGGAGGAAGAGCAGCAAUGUCACAUAGAGAAUCAGCCAAGCUGUGUGGGGCUGCAGGUUAGCUAUGAGGAAAGAGUGUCCACCCUCGAGGAGCAGGCUACCUCAGACGAAGAACAUGAGUGUCACAUAGAGGAUCAGCCAAACCAUGAGGAGCCAGAGGUCAAAUGCUUGGCGCUGCAGGAUAGCAGUGAGGACGGAAAGUCAACCCCUGAAGAAGACCAGGCUAUCUCAGAUGAAGAGCUGGAACAUCAUGUUGAGAACCAACCAAACCAUGAAGACCCUAAGAUUAAAUGUAUGGAUGUAAAGGUUAGCAGUGAGGAAAGCGUGUCUAGUCUUGAAGAAGCGCAGGCUAGCUCAGAGGAAGAGCUAGAACGUCACAUUGAGAACCAACCAAGUCAUGAAGAGAAGGGGGUUAAAUGUAUGGAGAUGCAGGUUGGUAGAGAAGAAAUAGAGUUCACCCCUGAAGAAGACAAGGCUGGCUUAGGGGAGGAAGAGGAAAGCCAAGCAGAUGACUUGAGCUAUGCAAAUGCACACAUUAACGUGCAGGAUGAGCAGACUCACUUAUGGGUGGAGCAGACUACUCAAAAAGAAACAGAGUAUACUGUCAGAGAAAUACUGCCUAGCUUGUUCAAACAGCAUUCUAAUGCUGACAGGAUGGAUAAGGAUAGUGGGAAGAACAGUGAGCAGCAUGUUUGCUUCGAACAACAAACUGAUACUGCAGAAGAAGCCAACUUUGAGGAUAAUCAGUGUAGCUCAGAGGAGAAGCAAGUAAGCUAUGAAGAGAAGCUGUCUGGCUCUGUUAGUGUAGAGGAGCCAUACCCAGAGGAGGAGUAUCAGGAAACCUUCUUAGAGGAAGAGCCUUCUGAAGAGGAUACACAUUAUGAAAAGACUGAAGCAAAAACAACCAACUGUAUUGAGGAACCAUUACCAUCUGUAGCAGAGCGAGUAAAACUACUGGAUAAGAAGAUUGCUGAUGUAGAGCAAAGGAAAAUCAUUACUAUAGAGACAACUGGCAUCAAACCGUUUGGCCAAAUAGAGGUUCCUGCUGUCUCAGACGGUGAUGAUUUAACAAACGUAUCCCAUCUACUUAAUGAACAAGCGGCGCUUGACAAGUUAAUGGAGGAAGCAUCUGAGAUGCACACAACCAAUGAUGUUAUUAAUGAUGUCAAAGAGCAAGACAAAGCUCCUGUGCACACUUUUAAAAGGACAACGUGGCCUAUAAAUACGUCAGAGACUGUAGUCAUGUCCCCACCAGCUCCACGAUCCUCCUCGUUGGCAUUUAGCUAUGAUGGCUGUAUAACUAGAGAACCUGACGUAAAUAGGGUCAAGUCAAUAAAGGAAUUGUUUAUGGCAAAAAGUGUUGUGGACAUUCAGUAUGGACAAACAAGACUACCCAGCCCAAACACCUCAGAUCUGUCUGACAACAGACCAGAGACUUCUGACAGUGGAGGUCAUCGAUCACAGACGUCAACUGAGACGUCCAGUGGUGAGUAUGAUUCAGUGAAGAAAUCCAUCACCAAAGGUGUUGUCAGGAGAACAAUCGAAAGGCUUUAUGGAAAGAAAGAUACAAAUGUCAAAGACCCUGCCAGUAAAAGUCAGCACCCAUCUCUCCUGAAACCACAGUCCAGAGAAUUACCUAGUAAGAUCAGCCUUUCCCCAUUCCAUAAUGCACAGAACAAAGUGAUAUCUGACUUAUCAUACUUCAAUGCCACAAGCUCUUUUGGCACAUACAGUGAUCCAACGCGGUGUAUCGCCUUCAAUGCACAGGUCGGGCCUGGAGACUUUUUCCUGAUAGACAAAGACAGGUGGCUCCUCAGAGAGAGCGUGAUCAGAAAGUCUGUCUCAGAGCCUAUUGACAUAAACAAGAACACAUCUGCAUCAACUGAAGAUGUGUGCAAAGAUACAAAAGAAGACCCUUACUCCCUUUUCGGCCACACUGAUUUGGAGGACAUAGUGAAAUCUGUGAAGCCUUUGGUGCCAAAGUGCACCUAUUUCAACCUGCCUCACGGAUGUGACUCAGACCCGCACCAGGAUGACCUAAGCCCUGUCAGUGCUAAGGGUGACGUCUCAAAGGACAGUAAAGACAAGGCAGAGGAACCCAAACAGUGGGCUGAGAAGAAUGGAACACUGCCAGCUUUUGCCCCUACUGACUUCAAGAUGCCAGAUAAUAAAGUGCACCCUCUGAUAGAAGGCCCGGGAGGUGGAAAGGUUGUGGUGGUCCAGCCUGGCAAACGUCAGCCUGGCAAAAGUCAGACAGAUGUCAAGAAAAUUCCACAGGAGCCAGAUGCACUAGAGAUGCUCUACUUCUCCUGUGGCCAGCAUUGCCCCAUCCUGUGA